GAACAUCGAUGAAAUAUUGAAGUCAAUUUAUUGUUAAUAGAAAGAGUAGUCUCACAUCUUAGGUGUAUUUUUUUAAUUCCAUAGGGAACAACGUCACAGCAACUCCAGUCUGGUUGGUUCUUUCAUUUCCGGUAAUCAUGCCUUUUAAAAGGUUUGUGGAGACAGGACGUGUUGCCUAUGUUAGCAAUGGACCUUACCAGGGCAAAUUGGUCAGCAUUGUUGAUAUCAUCGAUCAAAAUCGAGUUCUGGUCGAUGGACCAGUUUCCAAAAUUCCACGAGGCCAAAUGAGAUUAAGCGAUCUUCAUCUUACAAAAUUUCGUCUCAAGUUCCCAUUUACUGGCUCGACUCGAGUUGUACGUAAGGCAUGGGUCGAUAGUAAAAUUGACAAGCAGUGGAAAGAGACGAUGUGGGCAAGGAAAGUCGAAGCAAAGAAAAAGAGAUUGGAACUGAGCGAUUUUGAUCGAUUUAAACUUCGCAGAGCAAAACGUAUCCGCAAUAAUUUAAGAAGUACGGCGUUCUUCAAAUUGAAGAAGGCAGUAAAGAAAACUGCACAGGCAGCGGUAAAGCCUGCAAAGACUGCAAAGACAGCAAAACCAACAAAACCAGAAAAACCAACAAAACCAGAAAAACCAACAAAAAAAGCAGUUACGAAAAAAUAA